AUGUGUCUGCCGUGGAUCGUCACCGCUAGUGUCCUGCAAAACGUAAUUGUUGUGCUUUCGGCACGCGGCCGGGAAAAGCCGUCAGCGAAGGCACUGCGAUUGGCCGUCCUCUCUGGAAAACGCGUGAGCAACGGCCGCGCGUCUCGAUCGAUUGCACCGUACACCGUUAUUAUCGUCGUCGUCGUCGUCAUCACCGUUGCUUACACAUUGCCAUUAGAAGCGUGCGGGUUUUCGACGAUGACUGUUUUGAAACAUAUUUCAAAAUACGUGCACGGAAUAAUAUCCGUUUGUUAUGUUUUAGUGUAA